CAGCAACAGUAUCAGAGUGCUCUAUUUUGGGCAGAUAAAGUAGCCUCACUCUCUCAUGAGGAGCCCCAGGACAUUUACUGGUUGGCUCAGUGUCUUUACCUGACAGCCCAAUAUCAUAGAGCAGCUCAUGCACUUCGGUCACGAAAACUGGACAAAUCUGUGUCUGACCCACCACCGCCAUCAGUGCAUGGAAUGUGUAUCCAGUCAUGCUGACUGCUUGCAGUUCCUUAGAUGUGUGACACUUAUUCAGACUCAGUGCUGGAAUGCUGACCAAGUCCUAAGUCACCCUCUCCCCUGGAGAUGUUUUCUUAUUCAACGGUUGUAUGAAGCGUGUCGCUACCUUGCAGCUAGAUGCCAUUUUGCUGCAAAAGAACAUCAGCAGGCUCUUGAUAUUCUUGAGAUGGAGGAGCCGAUCAACAAAAGACUGUUUGAGAAAUGCUUGAAGGAUGAAAGUAGCUUGAAAGACCCCUCCAGUGACUGGGAGAUGUCACAGUCCUCAAUAAAGAGUUCUAUUUGUCUUUUACGAGGAAAAAUCUAUGAUGCUCUAGAUAACCGAACCCUCGCUACUUACAGCUAUAAAGAAGCUUUGAAGCUUGACGUCUACUGCUUUGAAGCAUUUGAUCUUUUAACGUCACACCACAUGUUGACAGCCCAAGAAGAAAAAGAACUUCUUGAAUCACUACCUCUUAGCAAGCUCUGUACUGAAGAACAAGAAUUGCUACGUUUUCUAUUUGAGAACAAAUUGAAAAAGUAUAAUAAACCCAGUGAAACUGUCAUCCCCGAGUCUGUAGAUGGUUUGCAGGAGAAUCUGGAUGUGGUCGUGUCGUUAGCUGAAAGACAUUAUUAUAACUGUGAUUUUAAAAUGUGCUACAAGCUGACUUCUGUAGUAAUGGAAAAAGAUCCUUUCCAUGCAAAUUGUUUACCUGUACAUAUAGGGACACUUGUGGAGCUGAAUAAAGCAAAUGAACUUUUCUAUCUUUCUCAUAAAUUGGUGGAUUUAUAUCCUAGUAAUCCUGUGUCUUGGUUUGCAGUGGGAUGCUAUUAUCUCAUGGUCGGUCAUAAAAAUGAACAUGCCAGAAGAUAUCUCAGCAAAGCUACGACGCUGGAGAAGACCUACGGGCCGGCGUGGAUCGCGUACGGGCAUUCGUUCGCAGUUGAGAGUGAGCACGACCAAGCGAUGGCUGCUUACUUCACGGCAGCGCAGCUGAUGAAAGGGUGUCAUUUGCCAAUGCUUUAUAUUGGAUUAGAAUAUGGAUUGACCAAUAACUCAAAAUUGGCUGAAAGAUUCUUUGGCCAAGCUCUAAGCAUCGCACCAGAAGACCCUUUUGUUAUGCAUGAGGUUGGCGUGGUCGCAUUUCAAAAUGGAGAAUGGAAAACAGCGGAAAAAUGGUUUCUCGAUGCUUUGGAAAAAAUUAAAGCAAUUGGGAAUGAGGUAACAGUUGACAAAUGGGAACCUUUGUUGAACAACUUGGGCCAUGUCUGCAGAAAACUUAAGAAGUAUGCUGAAGCCUUGGACUAUCACCGGCAGGCACUGGUGUUGAUUCCUCAGAAUGCGUCCACCUAUUCUGCCAUAGGCUAUAUCCAUAGUCUGAUGGGCAACUUUGAAAAUGCUGUGGACUAUUUCCACACAGCCCUUGGUCUUAGGCGAGAUGAUACAUUUUCUGUUACAAUGCUUGGUCAUUGCAUUGAAAUGUACAUUGGUGAUUCUGAAGCUUACAUUGGAGCAGACAUCAAAGACAAAUUAAAAUGUUACGACUUUGAUGUGCAUACAAUGAAGACAUUAAAAAACAUUAUUUCACCUCCGUGGGAUUUCAGGGAAUUUGAAGUAGAAAAACAGACAGUGGAAGAAGCAGGGCUUGCACCAUUAGAAACCUCAAGGAAAACUCCAGAUUCCAGACCUUCCUUGGAAGAAACCUUUGAAAUUGAAAUGAAUGAAAGUGACAUGAUGUUAGAGACACCUAUGUCAGACCACAACCCCACCUCUGCAUUUAGGAAUGGAGAGCUGCCUUAAGAGACUGGAUUGCACACCUUUGCAACAGAUGUUUGCUGAUCCUACAGAACAGUUAUACAAAGUGAAAUAAAGAAGGUAAACCAUGUCUUAGGUUGUUUUUUCUUUUUCAAUAGACUUUUAUUGGGGGCUAAUUUUGAACUUACAGAAAACCUGCAAAGGUAGUACUGAGAGCUUCCAUGUAUCUCACCCAGUUUCCCCCAUUGUUAACAUCUUAUGUGACUGUGGGACUUUUAUCAUAACUAAGAAAUCCACGUUGGUUUCUAGUAACUGAACUCCAGACUCUUUUGGAUUUCACCAGUUUUCCCGUGAAUGUUCGCUUUCUGCUCCUGCAUCCGGGGGCCACACUGCAACUAGCUGUCAGAUUGCCUAGGCUUCUCUUGGUGGUGACAGUGUCUCAGACUUUUCUUAUCUUUCGUGACCUGGACAGUUUUGAGAGGACUUGUCAGAUAUUUUGUGGAAUGUCCCUCAGUUUGAGUUGUUUCAAGUGUUUCUCAUGAUUGGACUGGGGUUUUGGGUGUGAAGUACCUUUCUCACCACAUUGCGUCAGGGGUACAUGUUAUCAGCGUGACUUACACAGGAGGUGUGGACCUGAUCGCUUGGUGACAGUGGUGUCUGCCAGGUUCCCCACUGCAAAGUCACUGUUUCCCUCUUCCUACACUUUAGAAGCAAAUCACUAAGUCCAGCCUACCCUCCGUUUGAGGGGUUUAAGUUAAGCUCCAUCCCCUGGUGGUGUCAUCUGUUCUCUCCCAUUUGUUCAUUUUAUUUAUUUAUCCCAUUUAUUUAUCAGCAUAAACUCAUGUAUACAUAUUUUCUAUUUUAGGUUAUAAUUUUAUACUAACGUUAUUUAUUUUGUGGCUUCAGUUGUUUCAGCUUUGGCCAUUGGAGGCCUUUCAGCUUGGCGCUUAUGUCCUUGUGACAUGCCUCCAUCCAUUUGUUUUUUCUUCUCGUUUUUCCUUUAUUUUGGUAAAAUGUAUGUAUAUAACAUAAACUAUGGACUUUAGUUAAUGAUAAUGCAUCACUCUUGGUAACAACUGUACCGCAUCAAUGCAAGAUAGGGAUAUGGGGAGAUGGUUAGUAUAUGGGAACUCUUCUGUCCCAUUUUUCUGUAAAUGAAGAAAUAAACUGUGUGCAUGUGUAGAU